CUCUUUUCACCCACCAUCCUCCGUCCUCUCUCUGCAGCCAAGAUGGUCCUCUCGAGCGUUCUGGGUUUCCCCCGCAUCGGUGCUAACCGUGAGGUCAAGAAGGCCGUCGAGGCGUACUGGGGGGGUAAAAUUUCAGCCGACGAGCUAACCAAGGUCGCGGCCGAAGUCAAGAAGUACAACUGGACGAACAUUAAAGCGCGAGGUGUAGAUCUCAUCCCUAGCGGCGAGUUCUCCCUCUACGACCACGUCCUUGACCACUCCGCGUCGUUCAACGCGAUCCCCAAGCGUUAUCUGGGCCAUGGUCUGUCCGACCUUGACAUUUACUUCGCCAUGGGCCGUGGUCGUCAGGCCGAGGGCGUCGACGUCCCCGCUUGCGAGAUGAAGAAGUGGUUCGACUCCAACUACCACUUCGUCGUCCCCGAGCUUUCGGACGAGACCGACUUCAAGCUCAAGUUCAACAAGGCCGUUGAGGAGUACAAGGAGGCCAAGGCUCUCGGUGUCGAGACCCGCCCGGUCGUGUUGGGCCCCGUCUCCUACCUCGUACUCGGUAAGCCCGCGAGGGAGGCCAAGCCCGGCUUCCAGCCGAUCUCCCUCCUGCCCAAGCUGCUCCCCAUCUACAAGCAGCUGCUGUCCGAGCUGAAGGCUGCCGGCGCUCAGUCCGUCCAGAUCGACGAGCCCGUCCUCGUCCUCGACACUGCUGCCUACCUCGAGAAGCAGUACGCUACUGCUUACGCUGAGCUCGCCCCCGUAGCGCCCAAGAUUAUCCUCACGACCUACUUCGGUCGUCUCGACUCCAACUUGACCUUCGCUGCUAAGCUCCCGGUUGCCGGUCUCCACAUCGACCUGGACCGUGCUCCUGCUCAGCUCGAUGACACCUUGGCUGCCGUGAAGUCCACCUCCUUGAUCCUGUCUCUCGGUGUCGUCUCAGGCCGUAACAUCUGGAAGACCGACUUCGAGGCUGCCAUCAAGUUGGGCCAGAAGGCCAUCGAUACCCUCGGCUCUGACCAUGUCAUCAUUGCCACUUCCUCUUCCCUUUUGCAUACUCCUGUCACCCUCGCGUCCGAGAACAAGCUGUCGGAGGAGGUGAAGAGCUGGUUCUCCUUCGCUUUGGAAAAGGCUGCCGAGGUUGCUGUUAUCGCUUCCGUCCUCAACGGCUCCCAGGACUCUGCCGUUGCCGCUGCUCUCGAGGACAACAAGAAGUCCAUUGCUGCUCGCAGGGCGUUCGAGAGGAACUCCAACGACGCUGUCAGGAAGCGGGUUGCCGCUAUCACCCCUGACAUGCUGAACAGGAAGAGCCCCUUCGCCGUUCGCUUGGAGGUUCAGAAGAAGAAGCUGAACCUGCCCAAGUUCCCCACCACCACCAUUGGCUCCUUCCCUCAGACCAAGGAGAUCCGUACGGCUCGUGCCAAGCUCAAUAAGAACGAGAUCUCCCAAGCCGAGUACGACAACUUCAUUGAGAAGGAAAUCGAGAACGUCGUGCGCUUCCAGGAGAAGGUCGGCUUGGAUCUCCUCGUUCACGGUGAGCCCGAGCGUAACGACAUGGUCCAAUACUUCGGUGAACAGCUCGAGGGCUUCGUCUUCACCCAGAAUGGUUGGGUGCAGUCCUACGGCUCUCGCUACGUUCGUCCUCCCAUCAUCGUCUCCGACGUCAGCCGUCCCCACCCUAUGACCGUUCGCUGGUCUGCAUACGCCCAGAGCGUUACCCAGAAGCCCAUGAAGGGUAUGUUGACUGGCCCGGUUACGAUCCUCAACUGGUCGUUCCCUCGUGCCGAUGUCUCCAGGGAGUUGCAGGCCAAGCAGCUCGCCCUUGCUCUCCGGGAUGAGGUUAUCGAUCUCGAGAAGGCUGGCAUCAGCGCCAUCCAAGUCGAUGAGCCCGCCAUUCGUGAAGGUCUUCCUCUCCGUCGCACCGACUGGGACGCCUACCUUACCUGGGCCGUCGACUCCUUCCGUCUGGCCACUGCCGGUGUUACCGAUGCUCUCCAGACCCACUCUCACUUCUGUUACUCCGACUUCGGUGACAUCUUCCCGUCCAUUCAGCGUCUCGACGCCGAUGUUAUAUCGAUUGAGGCCUCCAAGAGCGACAUGAAGCUCUUGCAGACCUUCAAGGAGUACGGCUACUCGAACCAGAUCGGGCCUGGUGUCUACGACAUCCACUCUCCCCGUGUCCCCAGCGAGCAGGAGAUCAAGGACCGUAUCGCUGCCAUGUUGGAGAUUCUCCCUGACCACCUGCUCUUCGUCAACCCUGACUGUGGUCUGAAGACCCGUGGCUGGAAGGAGACUGAGGCCUCUUUGUCCAACCUUGUGGCGGCUGCUCGUUGGGCCCGCCAGCAAUACGCCUAAAUGCACAAUCCUUGCGCUUCAACAGCGCCCGCAAAACGGCUGGACUGAGAUCUUUCAUCGGAUCUCCGUCUUUGCCUUGGGUACAUAGUUGACGGCGAUAUUUAUCAAGGUAACGCCAGGCGGCGUCGCGCAGAGGGCGCAUGAAUGCUGCUAUGCGGCUCGCUGAGCGCCUCCGAGUUGAUUGCGGGGCAGGAGCUUUUGCGUGGUUCAGCCUAGUAGUGUUGGAUUUCAACAAUCCGAAGUUGUGAGGAUAUUCGCAGUUUGUCUUGCAUGUUUAGAUUUUGCAAUAAAUCUGGCAUACAUAAUGGUCCUUGUGCGUAGCACGACAACUGAGGAACAUGACUAUGAAUUACAAGCAUCAACUGUCCUCCAUAGCUCUAUCACUGGUCUUCUCGUGGUUAACAAGUGGAGUGUCGUCCAUGCUUGUGCCUGUUGCACUUCCUCGUCGGUCCAA